AACAAACAGAUCGAACAUUUGACAGCUAUCAAAAAGAAAAAAUAAACUGUCACUUAAACUGUCAUCGGACAUUUGUUCUUUACAUAAUCGAGGAAAAUCAAGACGAUGUCCGCAUUAAUUAAAGUUUUAAGCAAAUCCCAAAUUGCAAACAAUUGGGCCAAGAUAACCGUGCCUCUUGUUCGUUAUAAGUCUGGUAAACGCGAAGCACCACUUAUUGAUGUAUCGACUGCCCUUGCAAAGCCCGAAGAGAUCGAGCAGAAGAAUAAACUUGCUGGACUCAUUACAGUUCCCGUUCAAGUUGACAUAAGUCCAAUCUCUGGAGUUCCAUCGGAGCAUACUAAAACAAGGAGAGUCCGAAUUCAUAUGCCUCCAAAGAAUGCAAUGCAAAGUGGUACCAACAACAUUCAGAAUUGGCAAAUCGAAUUUGAUAAUCGUGAACGUUGGGAGAACCCUUUGAUGGGUUGGGCAUCCACAGGUGAUCCACUAUCAAACUUACAAAUUGAAUUCAAUACCAAGGAAGAAGCUAUUGCUCAUUGUGAAAAGAAUGGUUUAAGGUGGUUUGUCGAGAGCGAUGAGAAACCAAAGAAGGAACGUGUUAAGAACUAUGGCGUCAAUUUUGCUUGGAAUAAGCGCACUCGCGUUUCAACUAAGUAAACUAGUCUAGAAAAAUUGUAAUAAUCUAUAUAAAUUGAUCGAUUGUGUGAAACACAGAA